CAGCAGAGCUAGAGCCGGAGCUGGCGCCAGCGGCUGGAGCAGCAAGGGAGUCGGGGCCAGGGCCAGAACCAGAGAGAGGACCCCCGCAGCUAGAGCCCAGCGACAUGUCGAACCCUGAGAUGGAAUGGGUGCCUGAGCCCUCAGCCAUGACACUGGGGGCCUCUCGGGUGGAGCUUCGGGUCUCCUGCCACGGCUUGUUGGACCGAGACACACUCACCAAGCCCCACCCUUGCGUGCUGCUCAAGCUCUACUCUGAGGAGCAGUGGGUGGAGGUGGAGCGCACAGAGGUGCUGCGCUCCUGCUCCAGCCCGGUCUUCUCCCGGGUGCUGGCCCUCGAGUACUUUUUUGAGGAAAAGCAGCCCCUGCAGUUCCACGUGUUUGACGCCGAGGACGGAGCCACCAGCCCCAGCAACGACACCUUCCUGGGCUCUACAGAGUGCACCUUGGGCCAGAUUGUGUCACAAACCAAGGUCACUAAGCCACUGCUGCUGAAGAAUGGGAAGCCUGCGGGCAGGUCCACCAUCACGAUUGUGGCUGAGGAGGUGUCUGGCACCAACGACUACGUGCAGCUCACCUUCAGAGCCCACAAGCUGGACAACAAGGAUCUGUUCAGCAAGUCUGACCCUUUCAUGGAGAUCUACAAGACCAAUGAGGACCAGAGUGAGCAGCUGGUCUGGAGGACUGAGGUGGUGAAGAACAACCUGAACCCCAGCUGGGAGCCAUUCCGCCUGUCCCUGCACUCCCUAUGCAGCUGUGACAUCCACCGGCCUCUCAAGUUCCUGGUGUAUGACUAUGACUCAAGUGGGAAACAUGACUUCAUUGGAGAGUUCACCAGCACCUUCCAGGAGAUGCAGGAAGGAACGGCAAAUCCUGGACAAGAGAGGCAGUGGGACUGCAUCAACCCCAAGUAUCGGGACAAGAAGAGGAACUACAAGAGCUCGGGGACCAUAGUGCUGGCCCAGUGCACGGUGGAAAAGGUACACACCUUCCUGGAUUACAUCAUGGGUGGCUGCCAGAUCAGCUUCACGGUGGCCAUUGACUUCACAGCCUCCAAUGGGGACCCAAGGAGCAGCCAGUCCCUACACUGCCUCAGCCCGCGCCAGCCCAACCACUACCUGCAGGCCCUGCGUGCAGUGGGAGGCAUCUGCCAAGACUAUGACAGUGAUAAGCGGUUCCCAGCGUUUGGCUUUGGGGCUCGAAUCCCUCCCAACUUCGAGGUGUCCCAUGACUUUGCUAUCAACUUUGAGCCUGAAAAUCCUGAAUGUGAAGAGAUCUCAGGGGUCAUCGCCGCCUACCGUCGAUGCCUGCCCCAGAUCCAGCUCUAUGGCCCCACCAACGUGGCCCCCAUCAUCAACCGCGUGGCGGGGCCAGCCCAGCGGGAGCAGAGCACUGGCCAAGCCACGAAAUACUCGGUGCUGCUGGUGCUCACAGACGGCGUGGUGAGUGACAUGGCCGAGACCCGCACUGCCAUCGUGCGCGCUUCCCGCCUGCCCAUGUCCAUCAUCAUCGUAGGCGUGGGCAAUGCCGACUUCACCGACAUGCGGCUGCUAGAUGGUGAUGACGGCCCCUUGCGCUGCCCCCGAGGGGUGCCCGCGGCGCGAGACAUCGUCCAGUUCGUGCCCUUCCGGGACUUCAAGGAUGCCGCACCCUCUGCGCUGGCUAAGUGCGUCCUGGCUGAGGUGCCCCGGCAGGUGGUGGAGUACUACGCCAGCCAAGGCAUCAGCCCUGGAGUGCCCAGGCCCUGCACGCCGGCCACGACCCCCAGCCCUAGCCCGUGACUUCUUCCCAACGGACUGACACUCCCUCAGCCUCUCAGUGAGUCCUGGGGGCCCAAAGGUGCCUCUCCUGACCCUUGUGACUCCAGUGAUCAUUGCCUCUCCCUCUUGGAUCAGCUGUGCCCCCUGAAUCCUGGAAGCCAGUGGAGAACCCUGCCCCAUCUCUCCAGGCCCCAUAGCUGUCAGCCUAGUGGCCCCUCAAUGACUCUUCAGUGAUCCUGACUUUCUGGCCAUUAAUAAAGGGAACCACUCCUAGCGCCUCAGGCUCUAGCCAUUAUGUGUCAGAUACCCAUUGAACCGUCUGUAGUUCCCACAAACACCAUUAAGAAAUGAAGACCAGCACCUUUCAAAAACUGGGCCAGAGCUCAUCAGACAGCCAGAUGCCUCUAGUUUUACCCCAACUAUUUACCAGUGAGAUCUGAGGAACCCUGAUCCUCAUCUCCAAACCCCAGGGGG